AGAAAUAGGCGUGCGCAUAAGAAAGUAGUUACAUUGAUUGUUUCUUAGAUACCUUUACGAAUACUCCGAUCAUUAUCUUGUACAGGACAAAUCCAAAUUUUAUCCUUUAUUUUCUUUUUUUUAUCUAUCUUUAUUCUUAUCGUUUACUUGUUUCUUUCUUUUUUUUCUUUUUUUUCUUUAUAAAUGAUAAGAAGUAUAUCAGAAAUUUAAGUACAAAGAAGAAAUGGCAGUCGUCAAAGCAACGACUUGUAAAGAAGCGAUACGACGUUGGGAGGAAGAAAACAAACAGGAUCCUGCGACUGCAAAAGAAGUUAUUUUAAGCUUUCAAUGGCUUCCUAUUGAAAAGAUGGAUAACUCUUUGGCGUGUUUAACUGGAUGUGAAAGACUAUCUUUGUCGACGAAUAUGAUCGAAAAGAUAACAGGAAUUGGAACAUUGAAAAACUUAAAGAUCUUGUCGUUGAGUCGUAACGUGGUGAAAAGCUUUUCAGGUCUUGAAUCACUUGGUGAUACUUUAGAGGAACUUUGGAUUUCCUACAAUUAUAUCGAAAAAAUGAAAGGUAUUAGCGCAAUGAAAAAUCUUCGAGCAUUAUAUAUGUCUAAUAAUUUGGUGAGAGAUUGGAUCGAAUUUGGCAGAUUGCAAGAACUUACAAAUAUCCGAGAUUUAUCCUUUGUUGGAAAUCCAUUGUACGAUAGCCUUGAGGUGGAUCAAUGGAGAUUGGAAGUUGCUCGACGUCUGCCUCAUCUGGAAAAAUUAGAUGGUGAACCAAUUAUACGAACCGAGGACAAUACGUCCAUUAAUCAAGCAAUAUUAAUUAAGAACGAUAGUUCGUCCCCAAAUUCCAAAAUUCCUGAAGAAAUGCCAUAAAUUAUUAUUAUUUCUUUUCUUUUUUUUUGCUUUUAUUAUUGUUGUUGUUGUUGUUGUUGGUCAGUAGAUACUAAUGUUUAUACAUAUAUAUCAUUUAUUUGUCUCACGAUACAAGAUAGAUUGUACAUACGUUUUUGGUGGUUUGAAAAAGCAAAAUAUACUAGAAGUUCGAUUGGA